UUACCUUUAAUUGGCAGGUGCAGCAAAAUUAUAUUUUCCUCAAUUUUCUCUGCAUCCAUCUUUUUAUCACCAAAUUUUUCUUUAUCUUUUCAAACCCAAUAAAAUCUUUAAAAUUAUUUUAACAAAAAUGCCGUCUUUAGAGGAGGAGCUCUUCCCUUCAACGCCGGGCAAGUUCAAGAUCGAACGCGCCGGCCACCACCACACCAUGAACAGGCAAUUCUACCGCUGCUUUACCUCGACGAGUACCAUGUUCUUGUGGGCGCUUUUCUUGAUUGCUUUAACGGCGUCGUAUUUAAGUUUCCAGAGUUUCUUUGAUACCGGUACCAAGUAUUUCUCCGCUUCUUGGGGUGGCAUUCAAUGGGAAAGACAAGUCCGGAAAUCCGCCGAGAUCCACCGCGCUACGGGUGGUGGUAAGGUGGUUCUUGUGACCGGCGCAGCCGGUUUUGUCGGUACUCAUGUUUCUUUAGCUUUGAAGAAGAGAGGAGACGGCGUCGUUGGGAUUGAUAAUUUUAAUAAUUAUUACGAUCCUUCUUUAAAGAAAGCGCGUAAGUCUCUUUUAAACGACCGUGGAAUUUUUAUAGUCGAGGGUGAUAUUAACGACGCGCGGCUUCUAGCCAAGCUGUUUGAUGUGGUUCGGUUUACUCAUGUUAUGCAUUUGGCGGCUCAAGCCGGAGUUAGAUAUGCUAUGGAGAAUCCACACUCUUAUGUACAUUCGAAUAUAGCCGGCUUAGUCACUCUUUUAGAGGUUUGUAAAUCGGCUAAUCCGCAGCCGGCUAUUGUUUGGGCUUCGUCGAGUUCGGUUUACGGUUUGAACGAUAAGGUUCCGUUUUCUGAAUCGGAUCGGACGGACCAGCCUGCGAGUCUGUACGCGGCUACGAAAAAGGCAGGUGAGGAAAUUACCCAUACUUAUAAUCAUAUUUAUGGUCUGUCAAUCACCGGGUUAAGAUUUUUUACUGUUUACGGUCCAUGGGGUAGACCCGAUAUGGCUUAUUUUUCGUUUACGAGAAAUAUUUUACAAGGGAAACCGAUUACUGUUUAUCGGGGCAAAAACCGGGUAGAUUUGGCUCGGGAUUUUACCUACAUUGAUGAUAUAGUGAAAGGAUGUCUCGGGUCUUUGGAUUCUUCGGGCAAGAGUACGGGUACGGGUGGGAAGAAACGGGGACCCGCACCGUAUCGGAUAUUUAAUUUGGGUAACACAUCUCCCGUUACCGUACCGACACUUGUGAGUAUAUUAGAGAAACAUUUGAAGAUGAAAGCUAAGAGGAAUAUGGUGGAUAUGCCCGGAAACGGCGAUGUUCCGUUUACACAUGCGAAUAUAAGUUCGGCUCGAAGAGAAUUCGGGUAUAAACCAACGACGGACUUGCAAACCGGGUUGAAAAAAUUUGUUAAAUGGUAUCUAUCUUAUUAUGGAUAUGAUCACGGGAAGGUGUAAAUUAAGUUGGUUUUGAAGGAAAAUUGGCAAGAUAAAAGGAGAAAAAAGAAAAUUAAUGUUUCUUUUUUUUGUGUAAUUAAUGGGAAAUGAAAAUUAAUUUGUUUGAGCAAGUGCUUGUCUUUGAAAUGGAAGAUAACAUGAGAUUCAAUCAUUAAUUUGAUGGGUCACAAUUUUGUAUAUUGUAAUCUUCUUCUUUUUAACAUGUACUAUAUGACAAAGAAUAUGAAUAUCCUAAUGUUUUGCACAA